CACGAUCAACUUUUCUUCAGCUCAAGGUAGUCUCAUCCUGGUAGUUUUGAGUUUUCAUAAGGCAAGUUCGCACCGCCCUCUUGUGGACCGGACGGUCCCAGCGAGUUUCGCGGUAAGAUCAAAGGCAUUUAGGCUACUAAUGUAUAUUAGAGAGGACCCACUUGUAAAUUGUUCGAUUCAACAUACACACUCGUUCUAUUUUGAACGAGCAGCACCAAUGGGCGCCUGAUGAUGAAUGGUCACGUCUGGCCGCAGAAAAACGGAUGACCCUUGCGCCAACACGUUACACUAGCCAGCAUUCCGGAAAAAGCCGCUCAACACAACUCGUUCUCAACGCUCUCCGAGAGCUUCUACACUAGUCCAGUCUUCCGAAUGAAGGUAGAUAAAAUUUGCUCACUGCAAGGUUGCGAAAAGACAGAAGGGCUUCGACGCUGCUCUAAAUGUCGAUCCGCACUUUAUUGUAGCUCUGCGCAUCAGAAGCAGCAUUGGAGCGAGCAUCGCAGGGUGUGUACGCUACCGAAAGAAGUCGACGAGAAACGUCCAACGGUCGCGUUAUUUGAUGCCGGGCCCCCUGAUUGGAAACUCGCCGGACGUUCUUAUUAUCAACCAUUCCUUCACGACUUGAAUACCGCUGCUUUCGUUCGAACCUGCGGAACCAAGGGGGCCCUCUGUGCUGUUUUGGCGCAGUCUCCUCCACCUCAUGCGGUGCUCGUAGUGGAACCUUCGAUCUACAAGAAGGGAACGUUUGCGGAAGAUCUUGAUGCUCUUCUCUCCUACGCGCGAAAUGGUGGGCGCGUCGUGUUUGGGUGCAUGAUUCCGAGCGAAAUGAGCGAUUCAAUCGCAGAGAAAUUCUUUGGCGAGAAACUUGGUCUUCCAUGGCGACUUGGGGGUUACUAUCGCAGCACUCACUUUCUUCAACGAUUCCAUCAUGCACUUGGAUCUCCCGCCUCAGCGUCACUUCUAGCUUCCUACUCGAUGAAGGCUGUCAGUCUUUCUGGAGUUGAGGCCUCGGACGCAGUGUACCGUCCGGGAGAGGAUUCUCAUGUUGAAAGUUUCGUCUUUGAUCCUGACUCUGUCGACCAAAGUUUGGUGCCUGUUGCAAUGACGCGGUACGAAAAAGGAUGGAUCGGAUGGAAUGGGGAUGUUAAUGCUGAGGAUGGUUCUACUUAUGUGUUAUUGGCGAUGCUUGGUCUUUGAGACGUCACACAACCAGGCCAGUCGUUUUGUCAUGAGUGUCGGGAGUUGGUGAUAUCUAGCCUAUCGAAUGCCUCUGUAUGACUAAUACAUUGAUGGGAGGUACUAGUUUACAACACAUACAAAGAGAACUAUCCACCGGUGCAGGCCCCGUGUCCACACGAAUAUGUCUUCGUGUUUGGCAAGGACGUUAACACAGUAACAAUGGACUAUCUCUU